UAAACAAAAGCCAUCAGAGAGAGGGAGAGAUGGUCCGAUCAAGCGGAGAGCUUUCCCUGUUGAACGCCGACCUGCCUUGCAACUCUCAAAGAAGCAGUGAAGCCCCGCGGGGUCCAGGGGGGCCGCCCGGCCGUUCCCAGCCAGUCCCGGGGCUGGCGCGCGGGCGAAGAGGAGACGUGUGGGCUCCGCCUUUUCCCCAGCGUGGCCGGACAGGUGGAGCUGACGGAGGGCGGCUCGCAGCAUUUCCCGAGUGGCCGCGCCGGGGUUGCUUCUCUUCGCCAGUGCGCGGCUCGGGGCUGUUGCCGCCGGCGGAAACUUUCUGCGAGAAGAUCAUCAUGGCUUCUGUUUGGGUCGGCCCUAGAGGAACAGUACAGGAUUACUCCGGCUUUAACGCGUCGAGAGAUGCUGAAGCGAUUCGGAAAGCAAUUCGGGGAAUAGGCACAGAUGAAAAAAUCCUGAUCGACAUCCUUACCGGAAGACCAAAUGCUCAGCGGCAGCUGAUUGCUAAGGAGUACAGGGCAGCUGCAGGAAAGGAACUGAAAGAUGCCUUGAAAGGGGAUCUGUCUGGCAAUUUGGAGCGUAUUAUGGUGGCUCUUGUAACACCUCCAGCGGUUUUUGAUGCUAAACAACUGAAGAAAUCCAUGAAGGGCUCUGGAACUGACGAGCAGGCACUGAUUGAAAUCCUUGCUUCAAGGACCAGCAAGCAAAUGAAAGAAGUUGCCCAGGCAUAUUACACAGUUUAUAAGAAGAGCCUCGGGGACGACAUCAGCUCCGACACAUCUGGUGAUUUCAGACAAGCCCUGUUAACUCUGGCCGAUAGCAGAAGAGAUGAAAGUCAAAGAGUGGAUGAACAGGUUGCAAAGCAGGAUGCGCAGAUCCUGUACAAUGCAGGUGAGAAGAAGUGGGGAACAGAUGAAGGCAAAUUCAUUGAGGUCCUGUGCUUCAGCAGCAUUCCUCAGCUGAGACUAACCUUUGAAGAAUACAGAAACCUCAGUGGCAAGAAACUGGAAGAGAGCAUUCAGACUGAAAUGUCGGGACAUUUUGAAGACCUGUUGUUGGCCAUCGUCAAAUGUGUGACCAGCACUCCUGCAUUCUUUGCUGAAAGGCUGCACAAGUCUUUGAAGGGAGCUGGGACUGAUGAAUUCACACUGAACAGAAUUCUGGUGUCCAGGUCCGAAAUUGACCUUUUGGAUAUUCGAGAUGAAUAUAAGAAGAUGUAUGGUGUCUCCUUGUAUUCUGCGAUUAAAUCUGACACUUCUGGGGAUUAUGGGACCACAUUGCUCAGGAUUUGCGGCGGAGACGACUGAUGGGAAUGAACCCAGGCAGAAGCGCCAAGCCCUGGAGUUUCCUGCUUCACACGGCAGUUCUUGUCUGUGGAGCUUCUAAAUGUUUAAACAAGUGUAGAAUUGUCACCACUCUUUUUUGAUUGCUUUCUCAUUAGGCAUCAUAACAAACAGAUGCUUAUUUUAGUACAUCCCUUCAGGCAACUGGUGACAUUUGCUUUGCCACACACUGUGAUUUUGGAUGAAACCUGCUCUUCAAAUUCUAGGGGGUAAAUCUGCUAGACAUGGUUGAUGCCUGCAAGGUUGGAAUCUGUUUGGGUAUACAUAUAAAAGCAUUGUACAAACCCAGCGUUUCUCUAGGAAUACUUAUGAUUUGAAUGAAGCUUUUAAAAAAUCCUCCACGGCUCCCUAUAUUUGCUUUUGGUUUUUUCUUUUGCAGUUUCAGCUUAUCAGCUGUUUGUCUAAAGUGGCACACAGCCAUUAUGGCUUUCAAGCUGUAUGCCAGAAUUGAUGCAUUUGAUGCCGUCUUGAUUAUAAGGCGUAUUCUUUGCGGGGGGGGGAGAUAAAGGGGGAGAGAAGGAGAAGAGGGGACUGGCAAAAGAAAAGAAAAGGGUAGCACACUGCCAGCUCUGGCCCCACUCCUUGCUGACCCAUUGUAGGGAGAGAGAACACAAGCUUCAUGGUUGAGAUACAUUCCACACAGAAAGUCUCAGGUUCAGUCAUCUGUUAAAAGAUUCUCCUGGAAAAUCCCAUCUCUGAAAUCCUAGUUGGCUGGAGUCAACCAUAAUGUGCUAGGUGCACCAGUGGUCUGACUGUAUACAGCAGUUUCAGAUAUUCAUAAGGACUAGAGCCGUGGUUCCCAAUUUUUUUUCCCCAUGGAACACUUGAAAACUGCUGAGGGUCUCGGCAGACUAAUUAAUAAUUUUUCAGCCUGUUGUAGCAAUUGCAAUGCUCUGUGCUAGGCGGUGUGCGAUGGAUUACAUAGAAUUCAAACUGUAGUAUAAUAAAAGAAGCAAUAACAA